GGUUGAACCUUCGCAAACAUGAUUUCAGGCGUUUGGUUGAACCACCUAACAGUAACCAUAGCAUCUGACAAAUAUCACAUUUCAGUAACAUAUUUCAUGGUUAUAGAGAUAUAUGGUUUGGUUCAUAAAGAAAGUUUUCAGAAGGCAAGCCUCUUGGCCUCUGAUCUUCAUGAAUCACACCAUGAAAUAUUUGAACAGCCUAGAAUAUGUGGAAUGUUUGAGUUUGAAUGGGCGGACUUCAUAAGGACAACAAAGAAAGUGCGUUCAUAUAUGCAUUUAUCAUAUCCAGAAACUUGGCGGAGCAUACUGGAUCUAUAAUCAUGAUGUUUUGGUCAUAAUAGAUGGAGUUCCACUAGGUUCGGAAAAGGAUCUAGCGAAUUGGGCUGAAAGGGAAUUCAACAUUACUGACUAUCGUCCUAUGAAAUUAUACAGCGCAUUGGCAGUUGAUGCCUAUCAAAAAAGACUACUUCAUUUUAAUGUAAGACUGAUUCCGCACAAAAUGUUGAAUAACUACCCUAUAAUUAUUUAGAGAAUAUAUGUUUCCAUGCAUAUAUCAAUCGAUGGGGAGAAGUGCGGCAUUUUACUACUUGAGGUAUGAUAACUUGUUCAGAAGUCGAAGUCUUAGUUAUACUCUGACUUUGUGCCAAAAACAUGUGAAAAUUUCAGGUCAUUGUGUACUGGCGAGUAUGGAGUGAUUAAGAAAAACGAGGUGGAGAAAUAUAGAAUGAAUUAUAAGGGUACAAAAUUUUUCCGUUUGGUAAGAAAUGGAUGGAUUCAAGGUGGAGAUAUUUUGUAUAACAGAGGAAAUGAUGGUCGUUCAAUCUAUGGUCCAGUAUUUGAAGAUGAAAAUUAUAUCAUCAAGCAUGAUCGACGCGGAAUUCUAAGUAUGGCUAAUUCUGGACGUCACACAAAUGGUUCACAGUUUCUCAUUACACUGGCACCAGCUGAAUGGAUGGAUAACCGCUACGUAGCAUUUGGGCGUGUAAUUGAAGGAAGUUUAACUCUGGAUAAAAUGGAAGAGGUCCAGACUCAUUACGAACGUCCAGUGAAAGAUAUAUGUAUUGAAAAUAUCAGCGUUGUUAAUCCCAACGAAUUAGCGACUAAAAUUGCCUAAAAAAGUCUCGAAAAUACCAGACGGAGUAUGCACACUUGUCACUAUAGUAUAUUAAAAAUACAACACUUAUAUAUA